UUUUAACCCCUGCUAUCCAUGGAAAAAAAUAGCGGUGAGUAUUGGCAUAAAAAACACAUUUCCUCUUUUUUUAAUUGGCCAAUAAUUUCCCCUCAAAAUAUUUUCUCUCUCAUUUUCCCCAAAACCCCUAAAUCUAUUGACAGCUUUUACCAAAAUCUUAUUCAUUCCAGUGUGAGUGCAUUUGCUGGAAGAUCUCAAGUACAAUUUGUUACUAGGACUGAUUUAAAUUGGUCAACAGCACAAGCACUUGCUAUAGAACUUGUUGAAUUGGUAUGUUCCAGGUGCAAUAUCCUUAAGUAUGUACCAAAUAGUGCUCUUUGGCUUCUCAGAUUUCCAGUUGCAGCAGAGAAGAGGCUCUGCGUAUAUGUUGCUGUACAAGGCCUACAACCAAAUCAAAUUAUCUUCACAGAUGUUGCAAUGAGACAAGAGCACAUCAGGCGCAGCUCUUUGGCUGAUCUUUUACUUAACAUGUAAAAUUGCAUUUGCAAACUCACCAUCAAAAUAUGGAAACAGUUCUCUCAAUGUAUAAAGAUAUCACAGUCAAGCUAAGUGAUGCGACUAGUGGACCCAUUUCGCCCAUGGAUGCAAGAAGAUCACAUGAUGAUAAUGAUCCUAAUGACAUUCUUUGAUUUAGUUGUAUUUGUAUUGGAUAUUCAAUUAUGAUGAUGUAAUUGUGUGGUUGGAAUAUAUCUUAGAAUAUUGAAGCUUUUGUGUAUAAAUUUGAUUUUGGAGUUUGAAGAUACUAGUUAAUGUUGAAAAUUUGGAGUUUGAAGAUGUUAAUGUUGAAAAUUUAAUUUUGAAUUUUAAUGUUCAA